GGUAUUUUCGAGCUAACUUGCUCGUUUGAGGCGGUUUUUCAGUCGAAGUUUGUGUUGAUAUUUUUUAAUAUUUUCAUUAGUAAAACACACCAAACCGCGAACAUGUUUAACCGAAUGACGAGUCUUUGGAUGGGUGAUUUGGACCCAUACAUGGAUGAAAAUUUUAUCAAGCAAGCAUUCAGCAAUAUGGGGGAGACGGCCUACAAUGUUAAAAUAAUUACACAUCGAGUAACCGGUGGUUCUGCUGGAUAUUGUUUCGUGGAACUGGCAGAUGAAGCCAGCGUCGACCGUUGUGUUCAGCGCCUCAAUGGGAAGCUGGUUCCGGGAUCAAAUCCUCCCAGAAAGUUUAAGCUGAACUAUGCAACAUAUGGAAAAAGACCUGAGCCUGGACCUGAAUUUUCAGUUUUUGUUGGAGACCUCACAUCAGAAGUAGACGAUUAUCAGCUUCAUCAGUUUUUUCUGAAAAAAUACCCAUCAUGCAAAGGGGCCAAAGUGGUCACUGAUCCCUAUGGCAAUUCCAAGGGCUAUGGCUUUGUGAAGUUCGGGGAUGAGAAUGAGCAGAAGAAGGCUCUUGAGGAGUUCCAGAAUGCUUCAGGCCUGGGAGGCAAACCUAUCAGAAUAAGCAUUGCCGUCAAUAAAAGUAACAAACCAACCAGCUACAACUCACAGAACAACAACUACAACAGCAAUUACCAACAACAGUACUAUCAACAACCCUACAAUAAUUACUAUCAACAGUGGGGCUAUGAUCAGUAUAACAGCUACAACUAUGGCUAUAACCCCUACGCAGUGCCCCCUCCGGUUCCUCAGGGGAUGAUGGGACCCCCGCCGCCUGUCGGAGCGCCUACAAUGCCUCCCGAUAUGCAGUCAACCACAGAGCAAUCACAUGAUGCCACUGAGGAAGUUGAAGAAGAUGUUGAAGACCCAAAUCCACCAGUGGACGUGGAAGUCCUGAACAGGGAGUACAUGGAACGUAGCGAGGAACUCUACGAUUCGCUCAUGAACUGCUGCUGGCAGCCUUUGGACAGCGUCACAUCUGAAAUCUCUCCUGUAAAUCCGUGCUGAUCGCUCGCGUUAAUCUCAGACCCAGAUCUUCCUUAUUAUAAACGGACCCAGACCCUUGUUAUGCAGGCACACAGUGUUCAAACAUCAGUCUAUUUUAUUCAAGAUUUACCGUGUUUCUCCUGUCUUUUUGUACAGUCACGUUCUUCAAGCAUUCAGGAGUAAAACUGUCUUGUUACUACACACAGAAGGAAAGUUGUUGUUACUGUGUUGUAAGAAUUUUUUUAACAAUUAUAAAUAAAUUUCAUUCAGCGUG